AUGCUUGCUUCUUCUUCAGCCGUCAUGCUUGCAUCUACCACUAAUAAUCAACAACCAUCGCCAUCAUCGUCCUCUUCUCGCCCAUCCUUCCCAUCUUUGGUGCGCACGUUAUUGCUCAUGGUGUCUCCAUCAUCAACAUCCAAUAACAGCACUACCAACAAAAACGAUACCAAUCAUUCUGAACUUGAUGGUGAAUUGGAGGAUAUAAAGAAUAACAGCUUGUUCCUGGAAGCCUAUUUCUCCUUCCCUGCCCUUGAAGAAGAUUGCGAAACAACUUCAGUCAAUCACUGUGCAGCAGACCGCAUUCACCAACAGCAUCCACUCUUGGUCGGCUCUAAUCAAGUUUUUUGCUAA